AUGCAGCGUGAGAUAGAUGGACUCCGGAGAGCGCUUCAGCUUGUGGACGAAGUAGAGGAACCCAGAAAUGUUCCCCCUUCACCUCCACCACAUCUCCAUCUCCAUCAUCCCCCAUCCGUGGCCGCUGCAGUUGUACCACAAUCUGACGCUGGAGUCUCUUCAUUUUAUCCAUCGCUUGAGAUGCCAUCUACACUUACAGAAAUUCCACACCCCGGGCAACGCAGUGGUAUUCCGACAAGCUCUCACAAUCCGUCGGCCAGACACUCAUCACCCUUUCAGUAUCCCUACCAUCCUCCAUCUAUUACUACUAUUCCUUCGGCGGCGCAACCUGAAACCAGCGUCAACCUUUUCUCCCCAUUGCUAGAUGGCCUCGAAAUUGAGCCUCAAAAACUGGAGGAUUGCUACUCCUUGUAUUUCAAACAUUACCAUUCAAUUAUACCAAUUUUGGAUCCACAACAAAGCUGCCGCGACUGCUUCCAACAUUCACCAUUGCUGUUCUGGACCGUCAUUGUGACAGGCUCAAGAAGAUACAGCUUUGAUCCAACAUUGCUGGAAAUGCUGACUCCCAAAGUCGCCAAUCUUGCAGCACUGGCGACGAUCAGAGCUUCCGAGUACAUCCAGACUAUUUCUGCACUACUUCUUCUCUGUGUUUGGCCGUUACCAAUGGAAAAUGCAUCAGAUGACCCCUCGCCUGUUUAUGCAGGAGUCAUCAUGCAGCUUUCUCAACAGAACGGUCUGCAUAUGCUUAGCAAGAGACAAGAUUUCUCACAGAACCACUUGAUCAGAGAUACCAAUAGCGAUGUCUUUCUUGCUACUCUGUGGGUUUGGUGCAAGCUGAUCUGCUGCUGUGUUAAUGUGUACUGCGGCUUACAUCCUCACCUCUUUCAAGACGCCUUCGACUUGGAGCCACAGAGCAAUGAUGUCCUUGACUCUUUGAGCAAACCCAUCUUUUGGAUGCUGCGGUUUGUCGGCCUUGUGUCAAACGCCCAUCACACUUUGAUGAGAGGCAGAUAUGGAGAAGAAGACGUUGAGAUGCCCUACCAGCUGUUAUCUAUGGUCAAAUUCUAUGACGACGAGAUCUUAAGGAUCGGGCAACAAGCUCAGGUGUAUCUUGCUGGGAUCUAUUUCAACUCUGCUAGGUUGCACAUUGGAGCGUAUUAUUUCUUUAUCUCCAAGCCCUCGCCUUCGAAGCUCUCACGUCUCGUUGAGCUCCACCACAUUGCCUGCGCCUUUAUCGACAAUAUCACGGAUCGAGAUCAAAAGGACGACUACGCUCUCUAUAUUUCCGAGCAAUAUUACAGGACGCUCACUCUCGCCGCCAUGGUGAUACUGCGGAUAUGUCGCAGCACCGAACUCAACUCAGCCAUCGACUAUCCACUUGGGGAACAAUCGUACUUCGCGGCAAUUCGCAUUUUCAAGAAGAGAGCCUUGAAGAAUAAUGACCUGAACGCUCGAAUGGCGGCGACGUUGUCGCAGCUUUGGCGGAGUAAGCGCAUCUUCGCACGACGUGAUGGAUCAAUUGACAGCCUGAAUGUUCGAAUUCGAACUCGAGGGUCAAUGGGAGUGGCAUACGACUGUCUUUGGUGGUGGCGGCAAGAAUUCUUAGGACAAUCCAACCCGUACUCGGAAGAGAGCAAUGGUAAUCAGGCCCAAGCCCAAGCCCAAGCCCAAGCCCAAGCCCAAGCCCAAAGCCAGAGACCCUCGGUCGCUAAUCCACAGGCUGUCACUUCCACUCACCAGCCAAGCACCACUCAACUACCGGACUUCGACACCAGCGUCUGUGGUCAAUUAGGUGUGGACGACGAUGCUUUUUUUUCGGAAUGGAACUGGUCCACCCAUGCAUUUUUAUCCGGCGAUCUAUCACACGAGUUCGGGGAGUCGGUUAUAGGCAUGUAA